AUGGAGGUUUACGCGAGCAGAGAUAUCGAGGAAGGUGAUGAGAUCACUACUUGUUAUACUGGAUUAUUAUGCUGCAAUCCGGUUAGACGAUUACAACUCUAUAAGACAAAAAACUUCUUGUGCACCUGCCUUAGAUGCAAUGAUGUCACAGAAAUGAAUACAAAUUUAUCCGCAUUACGUUGUUUCAAAGAAAAUUGCUCCGGAAUCAUAUUACCUCAAUCACCGCUAGUUAUAAACACUUCAUGGGUUUGUCAGUAUUGUGGAACAAUAGUACCACCGCAGAAAAUAGGUUUUAUACAGAGUAUUUUAGGCAGUCUUGUAGGAACCGCUCACUUAAACGAGAAAUUUCAAGUAGAUGUUCCUGUAUUGAGACGGCUUCAAAAAAUUUUACCCUCAUCAAAUUACGUUCUUGAAAUCAUGCGAUUCUCGAGCGCGAUAACCAUUGGUUUUGAAGAUGAGAACGGACUAAAUGAGCUAUCGGAGUCCCAGUUAUCUCUGAAGGAGAGGUUGUGCCGCUGCACAUUGCGAACGGCGGCGGCCCUGGGCGUGGGAGACGCGCACCUACGAGGCCUACUCCUGUAUCACCUUCACGCCGCGCUGGCAGAACGCGCCAGACGCCGCCCAGACCUGUAUGAGGAGCUGAAGUCUGAAAUUGAGAGCACUAUACAAGAAGCUAGUAACAUUCUCAAGGACGAUAUUUCAUCACCACCAGAUCUUGAAAUAAGGAGACAGUACCUCGGACCGAAUUGUGACAAGACACAACAAGAACGAUUCUUUAUUCUUGACACUCAGAAACAUUAG